UCAUUAUAAUGUACUAAAAGUAUUAUACAAAUACACUGCAACAACCCCAAAAACAAAACCAAAACCAAAACCAAAACCACCACCUUCUUCUCCUUUUUCUAAAUCACACAGCUUCUUCUAUUCAAUACAUUUUCUCUUGCUGAAAACAUCUUCAGACAAAGGCAUCAUCUUCUUCUUUCUUAUUCCUUUCCCUGGAUUAUUGAACCUGGUUGGGUUGGGUUGGGUGGAUCUAGAUUAAAUAUUCAAUUGGGUGGUGGGUGGUGUACAGUAAAUGAAUUUUGAAGAAUCAAAAGGAUAUCAUUGUUGUAUUAUUGGAUCGGUGGUGAGAAUUGCAUAAAAAAUGGAUCAUAGAAGAAAGAUGGAGUAUGAAUAUCAUCAUCAUCAUCAUCGUAAUGGAAGCAUAUCAGAGGGAGGGAAUGGAAAAGGGUCCAUAGGGAUUGGGAUUGGGAUUGGAUUAGGGAAAGUGGGAAGCAGCAGAAGAAGCUACUUCAGCUUGGAGUCAUUGCUGUUGCUGCUAUGCCUCACUGCUUCAUUGCUCAUUCUUCCCUUGAUACUGCCGCCUCUGCCUCCCCCUCCAUUCAUGCUUCUACUCCUUCCCAUUGCCAUUCUUGGGGUCCUUAUGAUCUUGGCUUUCAUGCCCACUGCAUCAUCUUCUUCUUCCUCCUCUAAUCUCACUUACACAUACAUGUAACUUAUUAACUCUAAAUAAUGUAACUAAAUUCCAUUUAUUUCUCAUCAAAUACAAUUUUUGUAUCUUUCAGAAUCACAAUACAAAAUGAAACAACUACAACUACAGUUUCAUUCUAA